AUGAACUAUGUAUAUCAAUACGCGCUACCGCCGGAGAUUACGUUGGGUCACUACCUUUUGUACAGACUCCGGCAACUAGGAGUCCGCACCAUCUUUGGCCUUCCUGCCGAAUUCAACAUGCCACUUCUCGAUAAAAUUUAUACAAUACCUCAAAUGAUAUGGGCUGGCAAUACAAACGAAUUGAACGCUGCUUAUGCCGCGGAUGGCUAUUCACGAAUAAAAAGGAUGGGCUGUCUGAUAACGACCUUCGGAGUGGGUGAGUUAUCCGCAAUAAACGGUAUUGCAGGUGCUUUUGCAGAACAUGUCGGUCUAGUUCACGUUGUUGGGAUGCCGCCAAUGUCAGCUCAAGUUAAGCAAUUACUUCUGCACCAUACUUUGGGCAAUGGUGAUUUCAAGGUCUUUCAUAGACUUGGAAGUGAUGUUGCUGAGUACACAGCAAUUUUGGAUGAUCUGGAGACGUUUGCCCAUGAGAUCGAUAAAUCGUUAAUCAUUGCAUUUACGCGCCAACGCCCGGUAUACCUUGGCAUUCCUUUGAAUAUGAUCGAUGUGCCGGUUAGUUCAUCGUUACUAAACAUACCUCUGGACCUCUCAGACUGUCCCCGGAACGAAGCGUUAGAAAACGAAUUUGCAGCUGCGGUUUUGAACGCCCUGUACAAAAGCCAAAGUCCGGCCAUAAUAGUGGACGCGUGUGUCUCGCGGCACGAUCUUAUAGAAGAAACUAAGCAGCUUGUUGAAGCUACCCGAUUUCCAGUAUUUUGUACUCCAAUGGGAAAAGGGGCCUUAGAUGAGCAACAUCAGCGCUUUGGAGGUACUUUUGUAGGAUCUAUGUCCUCCCCUGAGGUUCGUGAGGUUGUAGACUUUAGUGAUUUCAUACUAGUUGUGGGCGCCUUACUAUCUGAUUUCAGCACCAGCUCCUUCCACUUCAGUUACAAAGCAAAGAAUACUGUUUUACUGUUUUCAAACUGCGCGAGGCUGAAAAAUGCAACAUAUCCCGAUCUGGAGCUCAAAGUGGCGAUGGAAGUACUGUUGGCUAAAUUGAACCCUUCUUUGGUUCAAUAUCGGCCACAGAAGGUUCUGGACGUCAUCAAACCAAAGCUAAGACUGAUGAAUAAUGUUCCUUUGCGGCAAGAAUGGGUGUGGAGUCAAAUAACUCGCUGGUUCAAGCCUGGUGAUAUUGUUAUUACUGAAACGGGUACUUCUGCCUUUGGGAUCAAUCAGAGUAGGUUCCCGAAUCGAACACGAUGUAUAUCGCAAGCACUUUGGGGUUCCGUUGGUUAUUCCGUUGGGGCUUGUUUAGGAGCUUCUUUCGCUGCAAGGGAAGAGGGUAGCGAUCCGAGAGUCAUAUUGUUCGUUGGUGAUGGUGCCCUGCAAUUGACCGUCCAAGAAAUCUCUACCAUGAUUCGAUGGGGGCUUAAGCCCAUAAUAUUUUUGAUGAAUAAUAGCGGCUACACCAUUGACAGACUUUUGCACAAAAAAUCCAACGCCGGUUAUCACGAUAUCCAAGCAUGGGACAACCUUAAGAUUCUUUCCACCUUUGGGGCAUCUAACAGUGAUGCUAGAAAAGUAAAAACCGUUGGUGACUUCUUGGCUCUAAUAGACGACCCUGAUUUCGCAGUAAAUGACAAGAUCAAGAUGUGCGAGGUUGUUUUGCCUCCCAUGGAUGCUCCUCCUGCUCUAAUGGAUAAAUUGCUAGUACAAGAACGAAGCGAAAGCGAAGAAGCUGAUCAAGUGGAAAGUGGAUCUCUUCGGAUUGGUGGGGACGGAAAUUCUUUCAAACGCAUAAAACUAAGUGAUAGGCCCUAG